AUGGCCUCUCGCGGCUUCCUCAGCGGCAUGGAUGCCUCUCUGGCUGGUCCCUGGGAGGAGAAAUACAAUUCCUGGCGAUUAUCCGCCAACCAAUUCCUGCAGCAGAGCUAUAACCCCCGUCCGCGGCCGCGACCGACGCGGGUGGCUCUGGCAGUCGCAACAUGUUUCCUUGUGAUGUAUCUUCUUCUGCGAGGCCCUAGCGAACCGGAGGUAAACCACUGGCUCCAGUACCCAUCGUACCAUCCUUUUCAUGAGAAGCCCGAAGACGCCACAGUCAUUUCACCGAGACUGUCAUUCAACACGCGUAAUCAUACCUUCCUGGAUGAUUUACAAAAGAAGAAUUCUUCGUUCCACCUUGUUCUGCCGGCGACGCGGAGCAAUCCCGGACUAUGUCGUACUUUGACGUCGGCCAUGAUUUUGAACUACCCGCCGCCGACGUUAGUCCGCUACGGUAGAGAACUGCCGACAGGCUCGGCAGGACAUGACUACAUGGUUGAUAGAAUCACUGGCAUAUAUAACUUUUUGGCGUAUACCCCACGUCUGCAGGACAACGAUAUAGUCCUGAUCGUGGAUGGCUUCGACAUCUUCUUCCAGCUUCCUCCGGAAGUCCUCGUUAAGCGAUAUCAAGACCUCUUGCGCGAGAUGAACGCAAAGCUGCUCGAAAAGUAUGGCAUGGUGACGGUAGACCGGCCGUUCCGCAAGGAUGGCGUGGAAACUUUGCAGAAGUACUCCCAGCGUGUGAUUUUCUCCGCAAGCAAGCAGUGCUUCGGCAACCUGACGGAGGAUCCUGGUUGUCGCAGUAUCCCUGGGUCUACUCUACCUCCGGAUAGUUACGGGUGGAAGACGGAUACGGAGGGCCAUUUGACCCGACCGAAAUGGCUUAAGCCGGGUGCGGUUAUUGGGCAAGUAGCAGAUCUAAAAUUGAUCUAUGCGCAUGUUCUGCGCUUCGUCGAGGAGCACCGGGAUACCGAAGGGGAUUACCUGGAAUUGACGCGGAUGUACGGCAGACAAGAAUAUGUGCGCGAGCUCGAACGACGGAGAACUGCCAACAGCUUCUGGGAGCUGAUGUACCGAUGGAUUGGGAUUUCUGAGGCUACUAACAUGACUGGUGUGCCCCCGCACCUUGAACCCGGCCAACGGUACGAAUAUGGAAUCGGUGUGGAUUUUGAGUCCCGUCUAUUCUUCGAUACGGUCAAUGCUAAAGGAGAUGUUGAAUGGCUGGGAUAUAACAAUGUCACAAAAACAUCAACCGCACAGAUGGAGCACCGAGUGCCCCGCGAAAGCCGUCUUCUACUUCCAGAGGAUGUAUCUGAUCAAAAGCUCGGCAACCCAUUCAAACAGCCGAAAUAUAACAAGAACGAGUACAUCAACCCGUCGUGGAAUGAAACCAUGGAUAAACUCCCAAGCAAUCGCUCGUGGAGCAAUAUCCCUCUAUUGACGAAUGUCCAUUCUGCGAAGGUUCCGGCUCUAGUACACAUGGCUGCGCAAGAUAAAAGAAUUGUCCGUGACACAUGGUGGUCGAAAAUGUGGUACUUUCCCUGGGCUCGUGCCCUUUUGCGCAAAUAUAUGCGCUCCCAUACUGGAUUCGAUGCCGCCCAAAGCGCGCUCCUCGGCCAGAAUUUCUGGGAUAUGCGUGGCGGCGUGGGAGGUGUCUGGACAGACAAGGGUGAGUGGAUUGACUAUCCGGAGGUUUGCACCGGGUUUGAGCGCGACGUUUUCGACGACGAUUUUGGAAAAUUCGGCGAAGAAGAUGGCGGCGAAUUUCGCGGGCCUGUCUAUAACCAGUGGGGCAGUUUGAUUAGAGGGAGAGAAUUCUAG